GUGUUUGAAGAAGACAGUUGCCUUAUUGCCUACAAGGAACCCCGCUGUGCUGAUUAUGUUUUCUAUAAUACAUUGUAUAAGACCCUAAGUAGCCAUGGGAAUAUUAUCGUUGAAUGUCGUCGUGGUCUUCUUGCUUUUUACUACCUGUAGGGCCAAAGAACACAACGCAAACUGUGAGUCAUCGGUUUACACGUACAACAUGUCUUGUAAGAUGAAUAAAAACUGCAGCUUUAUCUGUCCAAACAACUGUAUUCAAGGAAAAUCAAACAUACUGUGGGGAACAACGGUUUACACUUAUGAUACACCUUUAUGUCUUGCUGCCAUUCAGGAUCUUCGCAUAUCCUCUUGGAAUACAUCAUCAAAAACGGUUACAGUACAACGUCAGCCUGAUGCAAGAAGAUAUAUUGGAUCUGUCCGGCAAGGAAUAAAGUCAAAUAAUUACGGAGCUCUGAAGUAUUCAGACGGAGGAAGUUAUUUCUUUGUUUCACCAAGAAUUACAGAAGAAAUAUUAGAUGUAACAUCGCUACACAAGAAUUAUCUGUUCAAACCUAAUGAAUUGUACGCCCAAGAGUGUCUCACUGGGACAAAUGCUGUUUCGAAGAGAAUAGAGUUUAAUGUGUUUGGAAGAACUGAUUCAAAUUCAAGAGAUUUUGAUCAACAUAUUCAGUACGGGAAAGAAGGAAAAAAUGAAAUAUUCAUUAUUACUUGGCCAAAACACCUCCCAGGAAACGAUCGUAUUGGAGCUUUUAGCUGCCAGCCUGAGAAAAGUAUGUUAUCAACGGUGGUGUCAUUAGCCAUGAGGGAAGAUGCACAUUUUCUUCCGAAGACCUAUACCGUGACGGCUAGCUUAGGGGAAAAUGUGGAUAUUGAGUUCAUUCUUCAGGAUUUAAGCUUAUCUAAGGAAAUAAAAAUCUGGAAAAAAGACAACGAAACGUUGACACCAUCUGGAAUUGUUCGAACAAUCGAAGAUGUAGAGGAAGGCUACACAGGGAUGUACAGUCUUGAACACCGACAUCACAGUAGAUAUCGUGGUGUUAUGAGGUUGAUUGUUAGAGGUUGUCAACACAAUUUUUAUGGUCCUAGCUGUGAAUUCCAAUGUCCUCAGUGUCACAAUGGUGGGAUCUGUCACGACAUCACCGGUGACUGUAUCUGUCCUCCUGGCUUCAAUGGGACCUUUUGUGAAAAUCCUUGCCCUUCGAAUGCAUUUGGAAAAGACUGCACGCAGAAGUGUGAGACAGUGGGUACCAGUACGUGGGACUCGUGCAAGGAAAUAUUGAUUUGUCUUCCUGAUCCCUUCGGGUGCACUUGUGCACCCGGCUACAAGGGCCCAAAAUGUAAUAUAAGGUGUAGUCCCGGUGAAUAUGGCGCAGGCUGUUCUCAACAGAGAAAAUGUAACUGUUUAGGUGGAAGUGACUGUGACAUAUAUACAGGCAACUGUCUUUAUGGUUGCAGAUCUGGGUGGCAUGGAACUAAUUGUACAACAAGUUACCCUGUGUUGAAAAGCGGACCCUUUGUAGAAUUACAUACAGAAGAUUCCUUUCAUAUACUCUUCAGAGAAUGGACAUCAGAGAAUGAUAUCGGGUCAGGGAUCCCUGAUUAUUAUAUCAUCGAAUAUCGAAAUCUUUUACAGUCAACCAAUAACUGGAAAGAAGCUGGGAAGGUGAAAGCUAAGGAGAGUUAUCGACAUAACAAUAUUUCUUAUAAAGUUGAUGGAUUGUUACCUGACACAAGGUAUUCUCUAAGAGUUUUGGUGCAAGAUAAAGAUGGCUCCGUGCAAAAAGAAAAGCUUGUAUCAGAAACAAUUGCUACUACCCUCUGUGCUCGACCAACUGAUCCACCGAAGAAUGUAAUGGUAUCAGCCAACGUUUUGAAUGAAGUGAAUGUUACAUGGAAGUUGCCCGACCAGUCCACUUGGAACUGUCAUAAUGUUUCUGUCAAAGUAUCUUAUAACAAUUCUAAGGGAGCUUUUAAGGAAGAAAAAGUAAGCCAAGGCAGUAAUACCGUGUUUUUUCAAUCUAAACCCUACACUGAAUGGAAGAUAGCCUUACGAGUCGAAACUAAAGACAACACAUUUUCUGACUGGACUGAAACUUACACAUUCAGAACACCGGAAAGCGCACCUAGUGAAGUGCAGGAUCUCAAUGUUGCCCAGCUUUUUCCUCAUCAGUUGAAAGUUACUUGGAAGAAACCCAAGGAAGAAAAUGGAAUCAUUGUAGGCUACAAUGUAAGAUGUAGACAGAUCAGAUGGAUUCAUGAAUGCUUCUACAAUUUAUAUGAUUAUAAAAAAAAAAUCGAGUUCAAAACCUCAGUACUAUCAUCCAGGUAAAUCCAUCAGCAAUAUACAUCAUACGAGUCCAAGCAGAGACCGUUAGUAAAGGACCUUGGAGAGACAAGAACUUUAGUACUGAGGAGGACGUUCCUGCAGGUGCACCCACAACACUUCAAGUAAAAAGGAAAACGGCUACAAGGCUGAGCAUUUCAUGGGAAAGCCCGAAAUGUGAGCUCACGAACGGUAAAAUCACUGGUUUCUCGAUUAAUUAUCAGAGUAUCGAAG